CUAGCUGUUAUCCUAUUCCUUCUCGUUAGCGUGGUCUCAGCGAUCACAAUAGCAGGACCUGAACUUGUACUAAGGAAGUUGUGGUUGCACACAGCACCCGAAGCACUCGACAGUGCAGAGACAUACCUUGAAGCACUGGAGCUGUGCAUACAUAGUGUCGGCAUCGCAAUUUGGGGUGUAAUGUCAGCAGCUUCACUGCGUGGGAAAAGAGGAGGCAGCUAUGGAAUUGCUAUCGCCAUGGUGAUGAACAAUAUAAUCAUUGGUUUAUUCAGUCUUUUCCUAACAGCCAGCAUCGAAGGUUAUAUAUACAGCACUAGGACCACUUAUUACUAUUCAUUCCACGAAUCAGACUUGGAGUUCUAUUUUGGUGCAUUGAGUGACGUUAUCAGGAGCACUGGAUAUUCUUAUCUAUGGGUGGUCUUCUACAAUAUCCCGACUACACUCGCAACAAUGACUAGAUUCUUUCCACCUGUGGUGAUGCUGACUGCAAUUUUUCGUGAAAAGUCUCCCAACUUUGAAUCGAGUUCGAGUUCGAAUCGGAUCGUUAUACGAUCCGUUAUUUGCCAGAUUUCGGCCGAUACUGAGCAGCACUUCAACUUCAAUUCGACUGAUGGUGAGAGGAAAAAACGAAAAGACCAUCAGGGAAAAGUAAAGGUCGGAACUCAUGGCCAAAUAGCG